CAAAACAGAGUUGGCUCGCAGUAACGUCUYGGUUCCAGGCCGUUACAACACAACACGGUGACAUGAGGAGUUCAGCCACGGCCGUCAGCUGUCGGUGUGUUCGUGUCUGCACCGGGUUGUUAGCUCGGACACAGCGGCUCGUGAGCUAGCUAAAACUGCUGCUUGUUUUUAUCGCCUCGGCUCGAUCAGGUGGAACCAGAAGACACGGAGCUACCUGACAAAACAGACCCGUUAAAACUMAUACAUACAAGCUCUUUUACUUUGUAAAUACUUUUUGUUUUCUUCAAAUAACUAUGGCUCUGGCCUGUAAUUUCCUAAACACGGAUGACUCGUCUCCAGCGGCCCUGACCGACCUGUGCCUCACCUAUGUGAGCCACAACCUGGAGUUUUUCUGUGUGAAGCUCUCUGACGGCUCCUGGAGCUUCAGGGAGGCGGUCCUCUUCCCUCAGGAGCUGGCUGACCAGCUGCUGGCCAAGAUGGCCGCUGAAGCACUUGGACAUCAGUGAUGAUAAACAGUUCACCUCCAACGUGGCCCGUCAGCUGCUGGAGCAGUCGGGGAUCCUGCCUGCUCUCGUUUCCCUCGAUGUCUCUGGAAGGAAGCAGGUGACAGAUGCAGCUGUUCGGACUUUUGUUGAGGAGAGACCGGGGAUGACCUUUGUGGGCCUUUUAGCCACCGAUGCUGGUUUUUCUGACUUCCUCUCUGGAGAAGGGAAUCUAAAGGUCACAGGAGAAGCUAACGAGAAUCAGAUCUGCGAAGCAUUGCGACGGUACAGCGAGAGGGAGGGCUUUGUGAGAGAAGCUCUGUUUCACCUGUUCGGCCUGACUCACGUCAUGGAGAAACCAAGACCUGACAUCCUCAAACUGGUAGUUUGGGGCAUGAAGAACCAUCCCGCCACUCUAAAUGUCCAGCUGGCAGCCAGUGCUUGUGUGUUCAACCUGACCAAGCAGGACCUGGCCACAGGAAUGCCUGUUCGACUGUUGAGCACCGUCACUCAGCUCUUACUGGAGGCCAUGAGGACUUUCCCCAACCACCAACAGGUUUGAAGCUGCCAAACUAGUGAUGCAGUGGCUCUGCAACCAUGAGGACCAAAACAUGCAGAGGAUGGCUGUGGCUAUCAUUUCCAUUCUAGCUGCUAAGUUGUCUACAGAACAAACAGCUCAGCUGGGAGCAGAGCUGUUCAUUGUAAAGCAACUGCUCCACAUCGUGCGUCAGAAAGCCAGUCAAAGCGUGGUGGACGCCACCCUGAAGUUCACACUGAGUGCACUCUGGAACCUGACAGACGAGUCGCCCACAACCUGCCGCCAUUUUAUUGAGAACCAGGGACUGGAUCUGUUCAUUAAAGUUCUGGAGUCUUUCCCCAAUGAGUCGUCCAUUCAGCAGAAGGUUCUGGGUCUGCUGAACAACAUUGCAGAAGUAAGGGAGCUGCACGGAGAGCUGAUGGUGCAGGGCUUUCUGGACCACAUCAGUGCUCUGCUGCACAGCCCCGAGGUGGAGGUCAGCUACUUCGCUGCAGGCAUCCUGGCUCAUCUGACGUCACGUGGAGAGGAGGCGUGGACCCUCAGUGCCAGUCUGCGCUCCUCGCUGCUCGAACAGCUGCAUGCUGUCAUUAUGAAGUGGCCUCCUCCUGAGUGUGAAAUGGUGGCUUACAGGUCUUUUAACCCUUUUUUCCCUCUGCUGGAGUGUUUUCACACACCUGGUGUCCAGCUGUGGGCAGCCUGGGCCAUGCAGCAUGUCUGCAGCAAAAACGCGUCUCGUUACUGCAGCAUGUUGUUGGAGGAGGGCGGCCUGCAGCAGCUGGARCACGUUCACGCACACCCACAGACCCACGGCGACGUCAGACUGCUGGCUGAAAGCAUCCUGGAGAGCCUGCAGCGCCACAGAACCCGCACGGGCCAGCCAGCACACACAGGCCGACGCCCACCCCCACAGUAACCUCACAAAGUUAAAACACACACAGACCAUCACCGUUUUCUGCCACUCAUCCAUAGUCGAGUCACGGGGGCAACAGAGAGGACACACAAUCCCUCCAGCAAGUCUUGUGUCUGGAACAGGUCUAAAGGGACAUGUCCAGGAGUAUCCUAAUCAAAUGGACCACCUCAGCUGACUCCUUUCGAUGUUGAGGAGCAGCGGCUCUACUCACUCCUCACCCUGUCUCUGAGGCUGAGCCCGGCCGUCCCGCAUACACAAACCAGUUUUUUCUUCUUCUUUUUUUUUUUUUUUU